GCCCACCGGAAGUAGUUUACCGGGCGGAAGCUUAUCCACAGGAAGUGGUGGAAGCGCUUUCUUUUCCGGUCUCUUUGGCCUCGCCGGUAGAAGCAAGAUGACGAAAGGAACGUCAUCCUUCGGAAAGCGUCGCAAUAAGACGCACACGCUGUGCCGCCGUUGUGGCUCCAAGGCCUACCACCUUCAGAAGUCGACUUGUGGCAAAUGCGGCUACCCUGCCAAGCGCAAGAGAAAGUAUAACUGGAGUGCCAAGGCUAAGAGACGAAACACUACCGGGACUGGUCGGAUGAGGCACCUAAAGAUUGUCUAUCGCAGAUUCAGACAUGGAUUCCGUGAAGGGACGACACCUAAACCCAAGAGGGCAGCUGUUGCAGCAUCCAGUUCAUCUUGAGGAUUUCAAUCAGUCAUAAAAUAAAUGUUCUGGUUUCAAAAUUUC